AUGUUAUGUACAUGCUCAGGUGAAUAUAAUGUUUACCAUAAUAUAAUUAGUAUCCCAAAGGUCGCGGGUUCGAUUCCCACCGUGGUCAGGCUAACUUUUCAGCCUGCCCAGUGUGGAUAUACACUCAGAGUAACAUCAAAAACAUUAUAAGUAAUGUAUCCAGCAGUUCUUUUUUACUGUUUGUAUAUUAGUAGCUCUUUGCAUAAUAUAAUGACCGGAAAUGAUCCACAAAAAUUAUCAUUUAUAUACUGUAUUUCUAGGUUUUAUCGACUCAUUCUUGCCAGAACACUACAGAGAUGGAAAUACUAUCGAGGUAAUUAAAAGUGGUCCUAAUUAGGUCUAGCUGUUUCAAACGUCGCGCUUCUCAUGUUUCGAACGCAUUAAAAACAACAGCUAAUCAGCUGAAAUGCCUCAUUAUUUUUGCUUCUAAUGCGUUCGGCACAUUAGAAGCGCGACGUUUGAAACAGACCUUAACCGAUUUAUGAACACCGAGCACACUUUCUUGAUUUAUAAUAUUAUUUGAUUUAUUAUAUUAAUUUAUUUAAUAUAAUAAAAACUGUUAUAAAUUGUAAACAAUUCAGUGGCAGAAACGAACCAACACUGACUCAGAGGAAGCCAUCCUGUUUUAAAAGGGGUAAUGAUUUGUGCUCACUGAAAAGUAAGAAAUAAAUGAGUGAAACAUGUUAUGUCACAAGCCAGGCUAGGCAUCAUAGCUCGACAGCCACUGGUCAAUAUGAUGACAUCAAAACUAUACCUUUGCAGCUGUUUCAAAUUUGGAAUUGGGUAACAACAUUUUAAAUUAAACAUCUAUUUGUCGCUAUUCAGUUAUAGUUAUAUCCAGCCUGAAGAAAGGGUGGACACCCUCGCGCCGCGAGGACCUCUUAGGCCACGCCAAUGUCUGGAAUAGUUUUAUGAAUACAUUUACUCGGGUCAAAAAUUGUUCCAAGAUAGCGGACAGCUAGCUCAUUAUUUUUUAUAGAAAUAUUUCAAGAAGUAUAAGAGGGUUUUUAUGUGAUUCAAAAGUUCUUUCAAGUAAAACAAACUAAAAUGUUUUGUCAUAUCUCUUUAAUUACACCCACUUAACAUGAACGAAUGUCCUACAACAAAUAUUUUUUGACAAUUUUGUUGUUGUUUGCGUUCAAAGUUGCUGUGUACACGAGAAAAAAGUUGUCGAAGAAAAUUUGUUCGUGUAGAAAAUACUUUUGUAAUGACGAAAAUAUGGUUCGUAACCAAACAUUUAAAAUAUACUAAUGUUUUGUUUAACAGUCAGACCCAGCCGAGUUGAUUGAAACUGCAAAACGGGCUUUGGCCAAAGGAGAAUUAGAGAUCGCUGAAAAUUACUCGAUUCAGGCCAUGCGCACAGUUAUGUUGGACAACUCAUACAAAAGAAGCCCAGAGCCGUAUCGCUGCUUAGCUGAAGUCCUAGAGAGGAAAGCAGAAGACAAAAAUUUGGAGUUGCCGCAGAGGCAACGAUUUCUGCUUCAAGCUGCAGCAUUGUAUAACUUUGUGCGCAACUUUUUAAAAACAGAGGACGUGGAAGGCGAACUGUCGAAAACGCUGUCGAAAAUUGUCUCUCGUAAGCUACUGGAUAUCCAAGACAACAUGGAUGAAAUGGUUCGAGGAAAUCCUCUUCACUGUAAAUUUGAUUCAGUGGUUAAAGAAAAUGAGCUGAAAAAUUUAAGAAAUGAGGUAAAAAAAUCGUUGGAGUCUAUGGAGUGCCGUAGAUCGUCUAAGAACCAAGAAUCAUUGAACAAAUAUGAUGUGCGACAGAUGCUGAAAGAUGAAACUGAGGAGAUAGAAAGACUAUCUGAUACAAUUUCGGUUGGAAUGAAGCUGUUCUUGGCAACGAUAAUUAACGAAUGUUUAGAGUUACUUGGAACACCACCUUGUGAUCAUGAAGUCAUUGUCUUUGGGUCUUUAGCAAGAAAUGAAAUGACGCCAUACUCCGAUUUCGAAUGGGCUAUUCUCACAAACUCAGAAGAAGAAGAAUGUAAAGUUUUCUUUCGAAAUUUAACAAACCUGGUUCAUUUGCAGGUAGGCCAAGUCUUUGUAGUCCUAUAA